GCAUAGAGACUGGACAACAAAAGACUUUGUGCAAUGUGCAUGUCGGAAAGGGCAUGCGUAAGGUCUUGUUAGGAACUGAGUACAGAAACUUAUUGCAUUUGCCGCUAGUUCUGCAACCACGGCGGUAACUUCGUUGCACGAAGUUGUAGCGGUAAACCAUUCAUUACCACGGGAUUACCACGGUGUAGUAAAGUUUAUAUUUAUAACGAUAUGGUCGCGCGAUCGAUGACUGCCCAGUGAAGGUGUGACGUUUGCACGCAGUCCUGCCGUCAAACAUCUCUGAUUCAACGAAAUCCUACGAAUCUUUUUCCGUUUAAUUUACACUCGAUAUUUUAAUUUAAUAUUCAUUCAUUUCCAACAUUUUUUUAUCCCUUUUAUUGCUCACACCUUCUGUUUUUAUCAUGGAAGAUCUGCUACUUGUGCGGCUGGAUGACCCUUUAACGCGCGCAGACAGUGACCAGUCGGACGCAGACUGGAAAUGUCAAUGCGCUGUUUGGAAAGCCAGAUAUGAAAAUCUUCGAGUGGAGCUGGAUGAGUUUACACUGAGCAGCCGUGAAUUAGAGCAUGAACUUGAGCAGGAGUUAAAUCAAUAUAAACAUUACUCUGAUCAACUGAAAACCGAUACGCAAACCUUGGUGCUUGAAAACCGCAGCCUAAAGGACCAUGAGGAGCGUCACUCCAAGCGGAUAGUCGUAUUAGAAAAUCAGAUUAAAGAAUACGAAAAUCAAAGGCAAUCUUUUUUCCAAUACAGAAGAGAGCUGGAACAGAAGAAUGAUGAUUUAGAAACUGCUAAUCGGAACCUCGCCGCAUCCUUGGCAGACAACGCAAAGCGCAUCGAAGAGCUUAUGGAAGUAAAAGCGGUGUUGGAGAACGAGCUCGAGCACACACUAUCUCAAAAGGAAAUCGAACAAAGACUACGCGAUGAACUCAAGGAUUUACAGGAUGAAUUAGGAGCAAAAGGGAAACCGGGUCAGGAAAUGAGUCACACCGAUCCAUCGUACUGCGGACAACACUGCCAACCUGUCCCUGAUGACUGUCAUAUGGCUAUCAGUAAUCCCGAUUUUGAUAUUAUGCGACUACAAGCACUAGCCCUUGGUCACUUCGAAUUCUGGCCUUCUGUAGCUGUGACAGAAGAUUCGCUCUCGUUCCAUGGCGGCAUAUCCAAUAAGAAGGUCAUUGGCAAUAUUACCGGCUCGAUUAUCCAGAUUAUUAGAAAGAUAACGAACUUGGAAUCCGGGCUGUUGAAUGCUACAUCCAAAUCGCACGUGGAAACACCUUGACGCCAAGUGUAUCUGAAGUUCACAAGCAGGCCAUGAGCGUAGAAACCGUCAGUAGGAGAAUUCCCAAUAAGUACACGGGCAGAAUGUUUUGAUUCACGGCCAAUGUUUUAAGUAACGGAACUUUUGGAAGUACUGCAGUGAUUAAAGAUGUUGUCCCACAUAAGCAUAAAAAUUGCAGUGGCUUUCCAUAAUUGUGGCUUUCCAGUUUUCUUUUGGAUAUAACUGGAUUAUUGAUAAGUUUGUUUAUUGAUAAGUCACGGUGUACUUUUAACACUCCACUGAAACUAGAACUGCCCAUUAUUAGCCGUUUCCAAUAUGUACUGACAUGUAAGUGUUCUGUUUCUAUAAUAUUCUAUAAUUCUGGUAGCAUAGGCCGUUUGGCGCCCGUGUCCCAUUUGGUAAUUCAUUAUUCAAUAUUUCAUUAGUUCAAUAUAUUUGAACAAAUGUUUGAAAUUUCUAUAGUUUUGCUGAAAUGUGAAACUUGAAGCAGAAGUUUUCUAGCCAUACUUGGUACUGGUAAAAUUGGGAAACUGUGGUAUGGCCAAAACUAUGCCGUUGUCCGACUAUAAUGUAACAACAAUAUCCG